CGAUGUUUUAAAACAAUUUGAGUCCAAGCUGAUAGAAUCAGGCUCCCGCUCUCCAGGGGGUGAGCCCAGGGGAGAACCAUGAACGAGGCGAAGGAGUCCCUCCGGAGCAUCGAGCAGAAGUACAAGCUGUUCCAGCAGCAGCAGUUCACCUUCGUGGCGGCGCUGGAGCACUGCCGGGAGAACGCCCACGACAAGAUCCGGCCCAUCGCCAGCAUCGAGCAGGUGCAGAGCUACAUGGAACACUACUGCAACAACUCCACGGACCGCCGCAUCCUGCUCAUGUUCCUGGACAUCUGCACGGAGCUCAGCAGGCUCUGCCAGAACUUCGAAGCCCUGCACUCGGGCACCCCGGUCACCAACAACUUCCUCGACAAGUGUAAAACCUUUGUGAGCCAGAGCAACGACUUGAGCAGCCUGAGAGCAAAGUAUCCUCACGACGUGGUGAACCACCUGAGCUGUGACGAGGCCAGGAACCACUACGGGGGCGUGGUCAGCCUCAUUCCCAUUGUCCUGGACCUAAUGAAAGAGUGGAUCGCCCACUCGGAGAAGCUGCCCCGCAAAGCGCUGCAGCAUGACAUCACGGCAUCCACCUGUGGCAGCGGUAACUGGCACACACCUUGCAACCAUGAGUACAGCUAACCCAAGGCAAGGCUGACAGGAUAGGCCACAAAGUGAGAGGAGUGGAAAGAGCCAGACUCCCUGAUGCUGUCUCUAUACUUCUGAUUUGACCAACCGGGAACUGUGAGAAACAUCAAUCAACUACCUCACGUACCAGCCUUGACCGGGGAUUGAACCCGCAACCUCGGUAUGUG